AUGUUCCUGGUGGGUCUGACAGGGGGCAUUGCCUCGGGCAAGAGCUCUGUGGCCCAGGUGUUCCAGCAGCUGGGCUGUGCAGUGAUUGACAUGGACAAGAGUGCCCGGUAUGUGGUCCAGCCAGGAUACCCCGCCCACCAGCGCAUCGUGGAGGCCUUCGGUCCAGGAGUGUUGCUGGAGAAUGGUGAAAUCAACCGCAAGGUUCUGGGAGACCUGAUCUUUAAGCAGGCUGAUCUACGGCGGCUGCUCAACACCAUCACCCACCCCGAGAUUCGCCUGUGGGGCUCCAUCCCCUCGGUCUCCCCUCGGCUCUUGCUGUUCCGCUGGCCUCUGCUGAGCCGCCCAACAGCCCAUCCAGCGCCUUCCAUGCCUUCGGGUCCCCGUCCCUCCUGCAUCCCCGCGGGCCUGCCGGCAGCCCCCUCGGCCGGGCCGCCGCUCCCCUCCUCCUCGCUCUCGCACGGCGGCCCGGACACUCACUACUCCUUGAGCAGCACCAUGUCGCUUCGCGCCCGGCCCGACUGCCUGUGCGCCUUCGCCGUGGUCCGCUCCGUCCCCGUAGCUCUCGCUGCAGUCGCCGCGCCGGCUAACGCCACCCCGGCCUCGCCGCCUCGCGCGCUGCCGACGCCGCCCGGAGCUCCGGUUCCGCAGCGCCGCGCGGGGGCGGGGCGUCUCUGCGGCAACCAGAGCGUCACACGCACCAUGCGCGCUGACCUCACCGCUGAGGAGGAGCCCUCAUGGGCCCGCCCCCUGCCUGCCUUAAACCGGCCGCGUCAUUGA